AUGAAAGCCACCCACCGGGAAGGCGAAUCGCUUGCGGAGAAUCGUACAAGACGAGAGAAAGAAGCUGUUACAGGUGAUGAAGAAGGUUUGCUGUGGUCAAAAGGCUUGCUGGAAGACAAAACUGCUCAAAGUUUGGUUUACACAAUUUAUUUCUAUAUUGGAAAAAUAUUCGGAUUAAGAGCAUGUGAACACAGACAGUUAAGAUUAAGCAACUUUGUCAUAGAAAACAACAAAAUUUGUUAUCGAGAAAAUAUUUCGAAAACGUUUCAUGGAGGAUUGAAAGAUUUAAAGAAGAAACCUAGAAUUGUGACUCGUUAUUGUCACGAGGAUGAGGAAAGUGUACAUGAACCAUGCCUGGUUCAAAUGUUUAAGCAGUACAUUUCCUUGGUCAACGAGGUACCGAAAAUUAAUGAAUCAUUCUAUUUUUGACCGAGCAAAACAGCGUAUAAAUUCGAAGAUGCACCAAUUGGUAUUCAUAAGCUUAAUUCUAUCGUACCUUUUUUAAUGAAAGAAGCUGGCCUUGCGAUUAAGACAGCACACUGCCUUCGUGUCACAACAGCAACAAAUUUGUUUUGUGCUGGCCAUCAAGAAAAAUUAAUACGUGAACGAACUGGGCAUGUUUCUUCUGCCUUAUUUACGUAUGAGAAGCCUAGUAAUGAUCAAGCAAUGACUGUAUCCAAGUAUGUUGGCCCAUCUGUAUCAAAGAUUGUGUCGCUUGUUGACAACUGUUUUAAGCCACCCUCGAAGCCUAAGGAAGACGAAAAGUUUCAAAUUUCCGACUAG